AUGGCUGACAGUACAGAAAGUGAAACCGAAGCAGAAAGUGAAACGAAUGAUGAAAACGAAGUUCAAACGAGUCUCCCAACGACUUCUAGGUCUUCUUGUCGAAAGUUUACUGGAGCUGCAAGAUAUAAAUCGACUUUUCAGAACGAAUGGACCGUCAAGUAUAAAACAUUUCUUUGUCAAGUCCACGGUAAUAUACAUGCCUUUUAUUGUAAUGUUUGCAAGAAAGAAGUGAGUGUGAAACAUCAGGGAGAGAGAGAUGUAAUUAGGCACAAGGAUGGGGAAGACCAUAAAAGGUGGGAGAGGAGCUUAAGAAAUCAACCUAUAUUAAAUUUAGCUACCAGUAGCACAAACACUUUGCUGUUUAAUACAUCAAAGGCAGAAGUUUUGGCAGCUAAGUUUAUUGUAGAACAUAACUUACCCAUCAGUGUGUCUGACCACUUGGGUCCACUAUUCAGGCAGAUGUUUCCUGAUAGUACUAUUGCAAAGAAUUAUGCUUCAGCUCACACAAAGACAAAUUGUAGAAUUAAUGAUGCCAUAGCUCCACCAAUGCAGCAAGAACUGGUAUCACAGAUGAAGAAUGGGCCAUUUUCUUUGGCAAUUGAUGGAUCCAGUGACAAUGAUUUGGAGAAGAUGAAUCCACUUACUGUAUGUAUAUUUGACAUUAACACUCACAAAGUAGAAGGUCGAUUUCUGGAUAUGUGUUCAGCAACUGCAUCCACUGCUCAAGCCAUUUAUGACAAGAUGAAUGAAGUUCUAAAUAAACAUGAUAUACCUUGGGAUUACUGUGUUGGAAUGUCUGUAGACAAUACAUCUGUGAACGUUGGAAGGCACAACUCCAUAAAAACAAGGGUAGAGGAUGCUAAUGAUACAGUGUAUUUCAUGGGUUGCCCUUGUCAUAUUUUACACAACACAGCUUUUUAUGGAGGUAAGGCUUUUGAAGAGAUAGUGAACUUCUCUGCUGAUGAUUUGUGUGUUGACAUUUUAUACUGGUUUGAACACUCUUCUAAGAGAAAGAACCUUCUAAUCGGACUUGAAAAUGAAAAUUGA